ACAUAGUUAGCUUGCUAGCAUUUACAUAGCUUUGUUUAGCAAGCUAGUUUAGUUUCACCAACGCCAGUACGUUGUUCACCGUAAUGUAAUGAAAACGUAAAAUGAAGAAACUUAAAACAACAACAACAAUAAUAACUUGGCUGUACCUUUCUGGUCACAGCCGUAAAGUUUAAUCUGAAUAAACAAUAGAACUCAAAAAGAAACUAAAUUACAGCCAUGUAGUUAACUAAAGGAGGUAAGAGAGUGAGUUGCAGACGUGGUUUUGGCUUGAACUGAGCACGCUCAGGAGUGAAUGAACCCCCGCCCGCCCUCACAUUGCCACGACAACGAUGACAAUGGAAGAGAUUAAGAACGAAGCAGAGACGGCCCCAAUGGUUUCCAUGUCGCUCUACGCCGUGAUGUACCCUGUGUUUAAUGAGUUGGAGAGAGUGAAUCUGUCUGCAGCACAAACCCUAAGGGCUGCUUUCAUAAAGGCGGAGAAGGAAAACCCGGGUCUCACACAGGAGAUAAUCAUGAAGAUCUUGGAGAAGAAGAAUGUCGAGAUCAACUUCUCAGAGUCUUUAUUGCGAAUGGCUGCAGACGACGUCAAAGAGUAUAUGAUUGACAGACCGGAGCGAGAGUUUCAAGAGCUGAACGAGAGAGCUCGAGCACUGAAACAGAUCCUCAGCAAAAUCCCCGACGAGAUUAACGACAGAGUGCGCUUCCUGCAGACUAUAAAAGACAUUGCCAGUGCCAUUAAAGAGCUGCUGGAUACAGUCAACAAUGUCUUUAAGAAAUACCAGUAUCAGAACCGAAGGGCCUUGGAGCACCAGAAGAAAGAGUUUGUGAAAUACUCCAAAAGCUUCAGCGACACUCUGAAAACAUACUUCAAGGACGGAAAGGCAAUAAACGUGUUUAUCAGUGCCAACCGGCUCAUCCACCAAACCAACUUGAUCCUCCAGACCUUCAAGACAGUUGCAUAGGAGAUUGAUUCUGCCUUCAAUUUUUAAAAACUACAAUAUAACCUUCAAGUGAACAUGGAAAAGUGUUGGGGACUGUGUAAUUUAUUAAUCUUGUGGGCCAAUUACUUUGGGAUAUUCAUUCCUUUCUUCUUGUCUGAUUUCUAAUUUCCUUUAAAAGCUGGGUAAAGAACCAAGAAUUUAUCCCCCCCCCCCCCCCCCCACUCUCCUACCAUCAUCUGACUCCAGGUCUCCAUUUUGUUGUUUUAAAGGAAAACAUUUCCAUUUCCAUUGGUGAAAAGAACAGCUACAUACUGGACUUUUCCUGUCCUGUCUAAUAUUCUAAACUGCAGAGAAAGAGAAUGGGCAGAUGGGAGAUUGUAUAUUUAAUAAAUAUUUGGUAGCAGAGAUAUUCAAAUAAAUAGACUGCUAUAAAUAGUCAACUAUU